AUUACCAAAAAUAAACUUUGUGCCUGUACGUCAGGUUUCACGCAUCGUGACGUCAUACCGACAGUCUUUGAACGGCUCAUUCUGUUUUAUUACUUCAUUCAAUCAGAGGAGGCGGGGCUUCACGCACGGCGCGCGGGGCUCCUCCGUGACAGAGCCGCCUUUGUUGCGGUUAUCCACCGCUGUCACACACUUUAAUUCAACUCAUUGAAAACCCGCACAAUGACGCACAAAGAGAGGCGCGCGCUGAAAACCUGAAAACUAAAAUUAAACUAAAAACUGAAAAACUGUUUAUCUUUACAGAGAGAGGCGGGAAAACAACACCUGAAGAGUUAACCUCGCACACACACACACACACACACACACACACACACACACUUGAUGAAGUUAAACUGAUGAUGAUCAUGAUGAAGAUGAUGCUGAUGCUGAUGCUGAUAAAAGGGAUGGGCGGGGCCGCCCCUCUCGUGUGGGCGGGGUCGUUAAUGUGCCUCUGGUCUGAAAAAACCCUUUAGAGUCUCUCAGAGUCACAUGGCCGAACCGGGUCCGGGGCGGGCGGGUAUUUAAGGGGCGUCGGUGAGUCUUCAGCACCACUUCGCUGUCCGCCAUCCGGAGGAGAGCACACUGAGUCCGAGUCCCACAAACGAGCAACAAGUCCGCCACCAUGCCGAGGUCUUUCCUGGUGGACUCCUUGAUUUUAAGGGAGACCAGCGAUAAGGGGAGCGACAGCAGCGCGCCGUUAUUCCCGUACGCCGUGCACUCCCCGCACCACCCGCACGGGCUGCCGGGUUCGUGUCACUCCAGGAAAGCGGGUCUGCUGUGCUUCUGUCCGCUGUGCGUCACCGCGUCCCACCUGCACCCGUCCCCUCCGGCGCUGCCGAUCCUCAAGGCGUCUUUCCCGCCGUUCAGCUCGCAGUUCUGUCCCACGAGCCUGACGAGGCAGCACACUUCAUCUAACAGCCUGAGCCACGCGCCGGGACUCUACCCGGCCGCGUACUCGGUCCCGGACCCGCGUCAGUUCCACUGCAUCUCCAUCGAAAAUAGCAACGGCAAACUUCAGAGCAGCAAGCGCAUGCGCACCGCCUUUACCAGCACGCAGCUCCUGGAGCUGGAGCGCGAGUUCACGUCCAACAUGUACCUGUCCAGGCUGAGGCGCAUCGAGAUUGCCACGUACCUGAACCUGUCAGAGAAACAGGUGAAGAUAUGGUUCCAGAACCGCAGAGUGAAGCACAAAAAGGAGGGCAAAAGCAGCGGAACCAGAACCGGGACUCACAACUGCAAGUGUUCGUCCCUGUCGACCGCGAGGUGUUCGGAGGAGGAGGACGAUGACAUGCCGGUCUCUCCAUCCUCCUCCGAGAAGGAGGACGUGGACCUGUCGGUCUCCCCCUGAACUCUGCCCCUCCCCCAUAAAGAUUCUGAAAACAGCCAAAAACAGACUGACCCGGUUCGGUUCGUGUAAAUACAGAGAAUAUUUAAUCAGGGACUCUCUGACUGACUGUAUACUUGUUGUACGCUUGUUUGUAGUUUUUUUCUGAAAACGCUCCGUUUGUGUCUCCAAAUGUCCAAAAGAUGGUUCUGAUGGUUCUGAUGUCACAUGUGUCACAUGAAGACAAAGUGCUGCUGGUCCGAUGUGGAUCAGUUUUGGACACAAAGAGUCAAAUUAACGUCUGAAAAUAUUUAUUUAUUUAAAAAUGUUCAUAAUUAAAAUAAAAAUAUUUCUGAGAAGAAAAAC